AUGUCGUCCAUGUUCUCCUCCGCGCUGAAGUCCAUCCAGCAGACAAACAUCAAUGCCAACUACUCCAUAACUCCCAACGCGACGUCGCAAGCCGGACCCUGGAGGAUCCACGAUGCGAAGAGGAAGUCCACCGGCAAGAUAUACUCGGUCUUCAUAUUCGACAAGAAGUCGCUAGACUCGCAUGGGAACUCCUUGGGCCGGUCCAGCGCCGCCGCCUUCAAGAAGGUCUCCGAAGAGGUCAUCGAGAGGUUGAAGAAGGAGGCGUCCUCACUAGCCAAGUUGCGCCAUCCCAGCGUGCUGGAGCUCGUCGAGCCCGUCGAGGAGACGAGAGGUGGCGGCUUGCAGUUCGUUACCGAACCCGUCACCGCCUCACUCGCCAGCCUGCUACAGGACAAGGACGAUCAAGAACGCGCCGGUGGUGUUGGGGGCCGGUCCAGCCGCUAUGUCACCGAGGAUGCGGACGGCACGAGGAGGCGGCGCGAGCUCGAGAUUGACGAGCUGGAGAUUCAGAAGGGCUUGCUCCAGAUCAGCAAGGCCCUCGAGUUCCUCCACGAGAAUGCUGGCCUGGUGCACGGCAACAUCACCCCCGAUGCCAUCCUCAUCAAUGCAAAGUCCGAUUGGAAGAUUAGCGGUCUAUCCUUCUGCACCCCUCCCGAGAAUUCGACGAAGCCAACCUCCUUCCAGCCUCUGAGCCUCUACGAGACCCUCAACCCAGAUCCGCGGCUGCCGCGGUCCGUCCAGCUCGACCUGGACUAUACCUCCCCAGACUUUGUUCUGGAUAACAACCUCAAUGUAUCGUCCGACAUGUUCUCCCUUGGUCUUCUCUGUGUCGCCCUUUAUAAUUCACCACACAAGUCUCCGCUGGAGUGUAAUUCCAGUAUUUCGACAUACAAGAGGUUGUUCCAGUCCAGCUCGACCAUACCCACCGUGAACAACAACUUCAUGUCCUCUAGGCCGUUGCCCAAGGACUUGGUCGCCCAUGUGCUGCCCCGGCUCAUUACCAGGCGGCCAGCUCAGCGUCUGACUGCUAAGGAGUUCCAAGAGACAGAGUUCUUCGACAACAUCCUCGUGUCGACGAUCCGCUUCAUAGAGUCUUUCCCGGCAAAAACACCCAACGAGAAACAGUCAUUCCUGAGGGGCCUUAACAAGGUCCUGCCGUCGUUUCCCAAGUCCGUGAUGGAGAAGAAGCUUCUUCCGGCUCUCCUAGAAGAGACCAAAGAUAAAGCGCUCCUAUCUCUUAUUCUUGGGAAUGUUUUCAAAAUUAUCGACCUCCUGCCUUCUGGUCGGCGGGCCUUUACCGAUAAGGUUCGACCGGUACUAAAGGAAAUAUUCGUCACCAACAACAAGAACACUGAGGAGAAGGACGCUGCGAGAGAUGCUGGACUCAUGGUUGUCCUUGAUAACAUCUCUACCAUCGCCAACAACACCCCUGGGAAGGAGUUCAAAGAUGACAUGUUGCCCGUUGUUGCUGCGGCCAUAGCGGCACCGACCCACUCGGUGGUGGAUGCCGGUCUCCGAAGCUUACCUGUGGUGUUGCCGGUCUUGGACUUCAGCACUAUCAAGAACGAGCUAUUCCCUAUUAUAGCUCAUGUAUUCAGCAAAACAACCAGUCUGGCCAUCAAAGUGCGGGGGUUGCAAGCAUUCGUUGUUCUCUGUGGAGGCUCGCCGGCCACUGCAGACAGCAGCGGGUUGGAUGGACUUCCCGAGCACAAGAAGACAUCUUCCUCCACGGCUCUUGACAAGUACACGAUGCAAGAGAAGAUUGUGCCCCUCAUCAAGGUCAUCAAGACGAAAGAGCCGGCGGUCAUGAUAGAAGCCUUGAACGUGUUGAGAGUUGUUGGCGAUUACGCGGACUGCGAGUUCAUUGCCAUGGAUAUCCUGCCCAUCCUUUGGAGUAUGAGUCUCGGGCCGUUGCUCAACCUCAAGCAAUUCCAAUCCUUUAUGGACCUCAUCAAAACACUAUCUCGGAAGGUUGAGGAUGAGCAGUCAAAGAAAUUGCAGGAGCUAGCUGGGGACACUAAUGGCUCCGCAGCCGCCGGGCCUGCUGACGACUUCAUGUCCUUCGGUGGCAUCACAGGGACACAGUUCGAUGCAGCAACGGGCGCGACAGAAGACGAUUUUGAGCAGCUCGUCAAGGGAAAGUCAAGUUCGACCAACAUCAAUCCUAUGGAUGCCGGCUGGGGCGACACAGCCUCAGCAAUGAGCUCUCCGGGCCUGCAACACCCCAAGGCCUCGCAGAAUGCUACUUUCUCUUGGUCUACACCAAGUCCUACAAAGGCAGCUCCUCCGACGAGCUCACUGGGUGGUUUCAAGGCCCAGCAAGGCUCGUUCAGGACGGUGACACCGGACCUGGCGAGCCUACCGGCAAUGGCCCCAUCCACCACCCAAUUCUCCCAGCCCUUACAGCCCAGCGCCCCGCAGUCCGCCUUCCCGCCGCCACCGGCGCAACCUGCCUCAUCGACCUCCACAAAUUGGUCGACGGCUUCGGCAAACCCAUGGGCGUCCACCUCUUCCUCAACGAUGCAGCCAGCAAGAAGCAACACCAUGUCGCCCCCGGCAGCACAGACCCCCGCGUAUGGGAGUGGUCUGAACAACUCGAUGGCCUCCUUGUCGAUGAACCAACAGCGGCCUGGAGUCGGGUCCGUGAACCGCUCUACAUCGUCCUUCUCCCUGCCUCCACCGCCAGGUAGUGGGAACUCGACGCCAGCCGCGUCAGGCUUCAGCCUGCCCGCGCCACCAUCACGGCAACAACAAUCCUCGUUUGGCCGGCCAGCGGGGUCUAUGGGGUCUACGAUGGGCGGCAUGAACGGCAUGAACAACCUGAGCAGCAUGGCGCACAAGCCGAUGAUGGGCGGGUCAGGGUUGAGCAUGAACAGCAUGAUGGGAUCUUCAGGGAGUUUCGGCAUGGCGCAGCAGCAGCAGCCACAACAACAACAGCAGCAGCAACAAAAUCAGACUACGGGUACGUUGGAUAAGUACCAGAGCUUGUUGUAG